UAAUUUGAAAACUAAUUAUUAUAUUGUGUGUUUUAUCUUGUAGACGUGUGGAGUUAGUUUGGUUGUGUGUGAUUGAGUAAACGAGAGAAAGAAAGAUGGAUAAAUUCCAGCAAGUUUCAGUUUCUGAUAGUGAAAGUGAUUCCAAUAGUAUUUGUGAGCUUGAUGAGCAAAAAAAAGUUGAAAGUUCGGAUAUUUGGGAUCAUUUUGAACGAGUUAAUGAAGUACUAGCGAAAUGUAAGACAUGUCGCCAAUAUUAUAAAAUAAUUGGAACCACCAGGAAUCUGUUUAGUCAUGUGAGACGGGCGCAUCCAACAUUAUUGAGAGCACCCGAUUUAAUCGCUAAAGUCCAAUCAUUUAUUGUUGCUAAAAGACCAUUUGAGAGUUACACACAGAAUGAACAACGUAAAAUUAAGUUGGAUAGUGCCCUAAUUCGAAUGAUCGCCACGGACCUGAAGCCGUUCCGUAUUGUUGAAGAUCUUGGGUUUCAAUAUUUUGUGCAUUGCUUAGAUCCGCAGUACAUUCUGCCAUCUGGAUAUACAUUAAAAAAUGUACUACUUAAAAAUAUAUUUGAAGAGAUAGGUCUAAAGUUAAGAAUGAUUCUUAAAAAGAUUACUUACUGCGCUGUUUCAAUUGAUCGCUGGACAUCUCUUGUCAAUGACCAAUACUUGACCAUCACUUGUCACUUCGUUACUUCAAACCUUGAGAUAAAGUCAGUGGUGCUGUCCACUUGCAAUCUUUUAAAGGACACUAGAGACACAAGUGUCAAUAUUCAAAUAACAUUGCUUGAAGUUUUAACUUAUUGGGAUAUUUUGGGAAAAACGGUAUGUUUUGUGACUAAAAAUGAUGAUUCGAUGAUAAGGGCUUGCGAGUCACUAAAGAAACCGCACUUGCUCUGUUUCGAUGAUACUUUAAGUUUGAUUGUCCAAGACGCUUUGUCGGAAGAUCGUAUAAAGGAUAUUUUGGCAAAAAGCAAUCGAAUUGUAACUUUUUUCAAAAACAGUUCCACUGCUUAUGCCAAAUUGAAACUUGCGCAAGGAACUGAACCCAUCAAUCUUAAAAAAGAAAUGCCUACUCGUUGGAAUAGUUGUUUUCAAAUGAUAUCUCGGAUACUUGAAAUCAAAAAUGUGGUACCUGAAACUCUUCUCUCUAUAAAAGGAGCACCAUCUCCUCUCGGUGAAGAAGAAGUUUCUACUCUAAUGGACUUAAAGGAAUUGCUUGAGCCCUUCGAUUCAGCAACAAACCUAGCAUCAGCAAAUAAUAUGGUUACUAUAUCACAUAUAAUUCCUGCAACGCAAGAUAUAUAUCGCCGCUUAGCGAAUAUGAAUACUAGCUUGCGCACAAAGGAAGGUCAAAAUAUUUGCUUGCGACUCAUAAGUGAAGUAUCUCAUCGACUCUUUCCCUACGAAGGACAUACCGCUGCUAGAAUUGCAACUUUGUUGGACCCACGAUUCAAAAAGGAGGGAUUUCGAAACAACUACGCUGCAGAGCAAGCUGUUUUAGCUUUGGAGAAUCAAGUCGCUACAACUUUGCAUACUUGUAAGCAAUACUCCGAUGAGAAGACUCACGACCAGAGGUAUACAAUGUAUUCAUUUAUGAAAGAAAAACACACUAAAGAAGUUGAACGUUCAAAAAAUGGAUGCUGUAGUUCCUAUUCAACAGUAUUUCGAAGCAGAACAUGCUCAAGAAAAUCUCUGCCCUUUGGAGUUCUGGAAGGCACAGACUAGUCAGUGGGAGCCAAUGCUGAAGUGUACAUUCAAAUAUUUUUGCAUCCCAGCAAGCUCAACGGAUUCUGAAAGAAUGUUCUGCAAAAUGGGCGACAUCAAUUCCGACAGACGGGCGAUCUUAAAACCACAAAGUAUUGAUAUGCUGUUGUUUGUACGCAAAAAUCAAUGGGUGUUAGACACAUAAAGUACAAAAAUAUCACAAAUUAAUGCAAAUACAAACUAUGUAAUUUUCUGUAAACCAAGAAUAUGUUAAUGAUUUCGCAAAGCUAAAAAUA